CAUACCCAGGCAGGGCUGUUUGUGACACAAACCUAACUCUUUUAAUAUUAUUACCAGAUUUGCAAGCUAUUAGCAUAGGCUUUUGUAGAAACUGGUGCCGGAGUUCAGGGCUGCCCUGUCAUACAGUUAGAUUCUCAGUCUCCGCUGAGUGGGAGGGUCACACUGUGUGAGACUAAUAAGGACAGAGAUGCAUCCCCCUUCUCCCUUUCUUUAGAGACUCCAGCAACUCCUCAGCAGCUCUGUACUGGCCUUGGCUCUGCUUCUGGGGGAAACUUAAUAAAUAAAAAUUGAAGAUUUCUGGUCAUUUGUUCACAUGUGUCCAAGAGGAGAUGAAGGCUAUUGGAUCUUGCAUAGGAUGGCUUUGGUUUGCAGUUCUCCUCCUUCCUAUGUCUCAUUCUACCAUAGUCACUGACAAGCCAGCUACUGAGUGUCCAAUAUUGAAAGCAGAAGGACAUCACUUCACCCAACUAUGCAAAGAAAACUUAAGGGUUCCAGGUUUUGAUUUAGCAGAAAGCUUCUCUUUGAGGCAGACUUCAUGUGGAGUUGAAAAACCAUGUUUUAAACUGGGGAAUGCACCUCUUAUCAAAGAUUCUCAGCAAUUGUUUCCAAAUGGGUUCCCAGAGGAAUACUUCUUAACAGCCACAUUCCGUGUCAGAAGAAACAGCAAAAGAGAACGCUGGUAUUUACUGCAGAUUUUAGAUCAGCAUAAUUUGCCACAGGUUUACAUCUCAGUUGAUGGUUUAAAAAAAGCUAUAGAGUAUGUCAUGCAAUCCACCCAGCGGAACUCCCUGCACUAUGUCUUUAAAAGCCGCAAAAUCUAUCCUAUCUUUGAUCGUCAAUGGCAUAAGCUUGGCAUCAGUGUACAAUCAAGGAAGAUUUCUCUUUAUGUGGACUGCAGCUUAGUUGAACAAAGGAUGACUGAAGAAAAAGCUAGUCCUGACAUUCAAGGAAAGAUUCUCAUUGCUACUCAUUAUUUAGACGGUAAACCUGUAGAUAUUGAACUUGGCCGCAUGAUCUUACACUGCGAUCCAAGCCUUGCUUCUCAGGAGAACUGUUGUGAAUUAUCUGAGCAUGUGCAUCCUUUGGAUAAAAGCUUGAAAACUACAGCAGCAUCACCAUCAGUUGGUAACAUUGGUAAAAUACAAGCUCUUCCAAUAAUGGAAAAAAAUCCUGAAGAAAAAUGUUUUUGCUCUCAGAACAAGGGAGAAGCAGGAUUGCCAGGCGUAGCUGGUUUGCCAGGCCAGAAGGGAGAAAAGGGUGAAGAAGGAGCUAAAGGAGAAAAUGGCAUUCCUGGUUUACCUGGAACAAAGGGAGAAAAUGGUUUAAUUGGUGUUCCUGGUGUUCCUGGUACUUCUGGUGAAAAGGGUGAACAUGGCUUGAAAGGAGACAAAGGUGAAGUGGGAGAAAAGGGCUUAAAAGGUGAUGUUGGUGAUUGUGGAAUAACUGGUGCAAAAGGAGAAAAGGGUGAUAUGGGACCUCCAGGACCUGCUGCCCUUGCAAGUAUGCCAGGAAUAGAAGGUCCUCAAGGCCCACCUGGAAAAGAAGGUCAGCGGGGACGACGAGGCAAACCAGGACUCCCUGGAAAAGCAGGACCACCAGGGCCACCUAGUCCUCGAGAUGAAAAGGGAUUAAAAGGUGCAAAAGGAGAAAAAGGAGAAUAUUCUGAAAAAGGAGAAAAGGGGGAUUCAGGCGAAGUAGGGGAGCCUGGUCUUCCAGGGUCUAUUGGAAAUCCAGGACCUCCGGGAUUUCCAGGACCACCUGGCCCCAGAGGAUCUUCAGGAGAAAUGGGCUUACCAGGAGAACAUGGAAUACCUGGAAAACCAGGGAUUAAAGGAGAAAAGGGAGACUCUGGUGGAAUCAUAGGCCCACCUGGGCCUCCAGGUUCUAAAGGUGACACAGGGCCUCCAGGAUUAAGUCUUCCAGGAAAACCAGGAUUAGCUGGCAUUCCUGGGACAAUAGGUCCACGAGGGCCUAAGGGAGAAAGAGGGCUCCCUGGAGUGCAAGGUCCUCCAGGAGAGAUAGGGUCAGCAGGGAAUGGAACCCCAGGACUACCUGGUCUUAAAGGGCCUCCUGGGACACCAGGAUUCCAAGGACCAAGAGGGCCUCCUGGAUUACCUGGAACUCCUGGAACUCCUGGCCUUGAUGGUAUUCCAGGUCGAGAUGGAAAGCCAGGAAUCCCAGGCCCUCCAGGUGACCCAGUUGCUCUUCCUCUCCUUGGUGAUAUAAGUACUUUAUUAAAGGGAGAUCCUGGUCCAAGAGGUCCCCCAGGAAUCCCAGGAAGAGAAGGGUCAAAGGGGAGCAAAGGUGAACGUGGAUUUCCUGGUCUUCUGGGAGAGAAAGGCAAUGAGGGCCUUCAAGGAAUUCCAGGGGUACCUGGUGUGGUAGGACCACCAGGAUCUUCUGGCGCCAUAGGAAGACCUGGACAUCCUGGUUCACCAGGAACAAAAGGCGAGAAGGGAAAUGAGGGUGCUCCUGGGAAGCCUGGACCACCUGGUAUGUCAUAUAGUGAAAGUAGUGGCAUGAGCAGCUUAUAUAAACUACAGGGAAGUUCUAGUUAUGCUGGUCCCACUGGGCCUCCUGGCCCAAAGGGGGAGACUGGAGCCAUGGGUGAAGCGGGCCCAAUGGGACUACCAGGUUUAGAAGGACUACCAGGAGAAAAGGGUGACCAGGGAUCAGUGGGACCUCCAGGAGUUCCAGGAAUACCUGGAAGGCAUGGCACUCCAGGGCCACCAGGAAUCCCUGGAGAACCUGGUGAAAGAGGGCCUGUUGGAGAUGUUGGCUUCCCAGGGCCAGAAGGGCCAUCGGGAAUACCCGGCUUAAAUGGGAAAGAUGGAUUGCCUGGUCCUCAGGGUUUAAUGGGUAAACCUGGUGAUAGAGGCCCCAAAGGAGAACGCGGUGAUCAAGGUAUACCAGGAGACAGGGGCCCACAAGGUGAAAGGGGGAAGCCUGGCUUACCAGGAGACCAAGGGCCUCUAGGACCUACUGGAUCUGCAGGGCAAAAAGGCAAUUCAGGACCUCCAGGUCAAAAGGGCCCUCCAGGUGUUCCAGGAAUUCCAGGAAUACCGGCUGAUUCAAUUUCAUUUGAGGAAAUGAAAAAAUAUGUCAGACAGGAGGUUCUUAGAGUUUUUGAAGAGAGGAUGACUCAGUUUGUGUCUCAGCUGAAGUUGCCUGCUGCUAUGCUAGCUUCCCAAACUCAUGGGAAGCCAGGUCUUCCAGGAAAAGAUGGAUUACCUGGGCCACCUGGGGAACCUGGACCACCAGGCUACAGAGGACAAAAAGGUGAAAGAGGUGAGCCUGGAAUUGGCCUGCCAGGUGAUCCGGGCCCACCUGGUCCUUCAGUUAUUGGUAUACAAGGCCCACAUGGAGCUCCAGGAGAACCAGGUGUACAGGGACUACCUGGCCCUGCAGGAAGAUGCAAUCCAGAAGAUUGCUAUUACAAAGUUUCUCAAAGUCAAUCCCGAACAACUGGGAAAUGAACACAUAUUUUGGAUACAUUUAAAUUCCUCAGUUAUCUUUUCCUCACUUCUUCCCCCCAUCCCCCUAUCAAAUUUUGAAAUUUAAGUUUUAAACUAUUGGUGAAUUUCUGUCUAUGUAUAUUUUACAGAGCAUCUCAGUGGAACCAUGUCCAGAUUAAACAACUGAGAUGUUGUUUUCUUGAGUUCAUUCCAUAUGUUUAUACUUUUACUGUAUUUUUCUUUAGCAAAAUGUGUAUCAUGAUGGCCUGUUGACUUCUUAAUGGUUUUUUAAUUUAUGAGUUGUUUUUUUAAUGAGUUUCUUACUUUUACCUUUAACACAGAAGCCAUAUUUAGUUUUCUUUUGCUGGAUUUUGCAGUUCCAUCUAUUCAAUGACAAAUAUAGUUUAUAAUAUGGUGGAAUUUUGAAGUUUUUCUUAAAGUUUGGUUAAAAAAUCUAAGUAGUGACUGGCAUUUUCCUUGCUUCUGUCACCAUAAUGCAAUAUGGUAAGAUCUGCAAGGCUUUUUUUAAUGGUGUCUACAUUUCUGAAUGACCUAAAAGACUUUUGAGUAAUAUUACCCUAUUCGGGCUGCAAAUUUGGAACAACUAAAAGGCAGUAGCAAAGUGAUACAGAAAACUCGUAAGUCUAGCAAUGCUCUAGUCUAGGUAUUGCAGAGAAGAUCUAGCAUUCUUAACUUCUGAGUCUCUCUCCCAUUAGUUGUUACUCAGGGGAAAAUGUUGUAAAUGCAGACAGCACCUAAGUAAACUAUGGCUUAAGUUAUAUACUCACAUUAUAGAAGCGAGUUGUAAGCAUGUUUUUUGGGGGAUUUUCCUUCCUAUAAGGAACUGCUUGUAGGGUUUUCCUUGCAUAUGUGAAAAAGAGUUUGAUUAUUAGAAGCUAAUUUAGUUUUCAGCAGGAUUGCUGGUAAUAACUUGUCCUAGUUAAAAUAUACAUUUGCAAGUCAGCUCUACUACAGGAUGAUUAUAACAAUUAUAAUACUGUGCAAAUCCAAUCACAGUAUCUAUAGUCUAUAGUCCUGUCAGCCCCAUUUGGUAGACUAGACCAGGAAAUCAGUGGCACAAGAAGACUGGAAGUAAUCUCACUUUGUUUUUUAUAUAACUUUAUAAAUUUUUUUAAAAGGGAUUUAAAAAAAUAGAAGCAGUUUUUGUUGAAGUUAGUUACAGCAACAGAAUCUUUGGGUCUGGUUCAGCUCUAUUUUCCCUUCCCCCCCACCCCCACCAAAUCAGGGAGGUGUCUGCUUAAUCCACUGUUAAAUAUCUUGUUUUCCAGAACUUUUUUAAAAAAAUGUUUCAGCCCCCUUUCCUUAAGUUAUGGUUCUUGCAUAUUUCUACCAAGACCAUUUUUCUUAUCAUCUACAAAUUCUUCCUCAGGAUGUUUUGUGGCCUCUAGCCAACAUGCAAGUGUCCUGCUUUUUGUAGACAAUAGAGUAUUGUUCAGUACUAUACACCUAGAGAACACAAGAUUAUAGAAGAUUGUACAAAUGUAAUGAAUUUUCAAGGUUUAUUGUAAGACAAUCAGGGCUUUAGCUCGGGUAAAAUUCUGACAGACUCGACAGAGAAUUUCUGCAAGUAGCUAUAGUUUGGAAAGAAGUAUCUAUCAUCUUACAUCUUGAUCAGCGAUAUUUGUUGGACUCCUUGUUUUUGUUGGACGGGGAAGGAGAAGAGUAGUCAAACAUCAGCAAUCCCACUUAUCUUAUAUAUAUUGAUAUAAGAUAGGCUAGUUGGCACACACAACCUUUACCUGAAAAGGUACCUAAAGGUACACACAACCUUUACCUGAAAAAUUCAAGGAUUGAAGCAGAUUCCCAUUUCAUUUAUCUUGAGGAGAAAAUGAUUGUAUAAAGUGAAAUAAAACUGUUUGGCAGAGAUAUUUAGUAGCAUUAGAUAAUGAAUAGCAUUGGCAUCUAGGACUAAUGAAACCGACGACUGUCUCCUGGCUUAAUUCCUAUUUUAACAAAUUAACUGGACUUUUUAGCUCUUUCACGAAUAGAUUUAUCUAUAUGAAAGCUAUUUUUUUGAAAAAAGGAAAGUGCCUAGGUAGAAAUAGUAAGGAUUAGUCGAAGUGUAGUUCCUUGUUGGUGAGAAAUCUUUUAUAUCUCAUGUAAACAACUUAUAGUAGCUGAGAACCAUACUGGGCAAUUUGUUGGCAGCUGCAGCUGUAGUAGAGUAGAUAGUGAUAUAAUUUGUUCUAAAUUUGUUCUGAAGUUGCAUCAUUGUCCUGUUUUGAUGACGCAAAAGGACAUCUAUGUUUCAGUAUUGCAAGAUGGACUGCCGGAUAGCUACGAUGUCUGGCAGGAUUUUGUUUUGAGAUUUUAAUCUUGUUUUAUUUAAACUUUUCUAGUGAUCCCCAAUUUAAUUCAGAUUUUCAAUUUUUUUUAAUUUAAAAUUUAUUUUAUUUAGACUUUGCUAUGAGAAUAACUAUAAGUGCUAUAUUUUGGCAAGAUUCUGUAAAAUGUCACAUUUUGGAAAUAUAUAGAGUAGCCGAGAUUAUAUAUAAUAUGAUGCUUUGUGUAUAUUUUGACUUUUCACUGAGUGAAAUAUAAAUGAUAAAUUAUUUAGCAUUUUACAUAAAAGUAAAAGUAUAAUACUUGAAUUGAUCAGAAAAACAAAACAUUUAUAUAUUUUGGGGGAAAUAUGUUCAAUUCAUAUUGCUUUUAUUUUUAUUUGCCUGUGUUUGGUAAUUAUAUUUAUUAGAAAAAUCAUUUGUUCAGAGUUUUAUUAGGUGAUUGAGAUAAAUGUAAGUUUUUUCCUCUUGGUUUCCUUCCUGAGAAAUUUUGGCAAUAUGACUUUCCAUCAUCAACUCUUAAAGCUAUUAUGUAACUUUGUGCAAGAAACAGGCCAAACUCAAAGAUUGCUUAAAAACGUUCAUGAAUUGCAGCACACCAAGAUUUCUAUUCUUAUCCUUAAAAUCUACAUUUGUGUGUGUAUAUAUGUCAAAUUUUAGUUCGUUUUAACAUUUUGAAGAGUGUAUUGCUCUUUAAACCCAAAUAACCUAUUUUGUUUUUCUAGUGCCUUUCACGUGGUUUUUAAAUAGUAAAGUUUAUUCUAAUAUUUUAAAAAAUAAUUUAGGUAUUAGUCUGAGCAGCCUAUUUUAACUGUGGUUCAUGAUAUUUUGAGGCGUGCAUAUUUUUAUUCUUUGUGUGCCACACAACAGGCAGCUUUAAUAACUACUUUUUAAGUAAAAUAUUUUUUUUCUCUAUCAAUAGAGUCAAUCAUUUCUGAAACUGUUAAGUGAUACUGAAACCAUAAAUUGAAAUACAGAGGAUGUAUUCAAAUAGAAUGCUACAAAUCAAACCUCUGUGGAGGAAAAAAAAAGUAUAUUUUCGUAUUUAUGCACCCUUUUAAACAGACUGCAAGAACCAUUGGAAAACUAGUGGAUGUCUUUGGAUCUAAGGUCUGUGAAUAAGACUAAGUGACUGAGUGAUAAGAGGUCUUGCAUUGGAGCAUCCACAGCUAAUCUAUUUCUGCAGAUAGAAUCAAAGCACACAACCACUUAGUAAAUUGUAAGCAUGGAAAUUGGGACAUUCAAUUUAAGAAUGGACUCCAGCAAAACUACACUCAGUUUAGGAGUCUGUUUUCAAAUUCUCUCUCUCUCUCCCUCUCUCUCUCUCUCUCUCUCUC